AUGCAGGUCCCUGAACUGGAGAUGGCCCAGGCUAAUGAAGUGGAAGACAUGAGUGAAAAAGUGCGUGUCACCCUGGACCCGGGCACAGCCAACCCCUUCCUGGUCCUCGCGGAAGAUCGCCGAGGCGUGAGCCGAGGAGACGCGUGGGCUUCGCUCCCCGACAGCCCGGAGAGGUUCAGCACCGAGCCCUGCGUGCUGGGCUGCCCGGGCUUCACCACGGGGCAGCACCGCUGGGAGGUGGCAGUGGGUGACGCCGGGGACUGGUGGGCCGCCGGGGUGGCCGGAGGAUCCAUCCGGAGGACGGGUGUCCUCCAGCUUUCCCCUGAAGAAGGCAUUUGGGCCGUGGGGCAGUGGUUCGGGCAGUACCAUGCUUUCACCCACCCCGACUGGACCCCCCUGAACCUCCAUCAGCCCCCCAGGAUUAUCCAGGUGGCCCUGGAUUGCACCAGGGGGCAGGUGGCUUUUGCCGACGCCGAGGAUGGAACCCCCAUCUUUGCUUUCUCCCUCUGCCCAAACCCCAGUGAGCCCCUGCACCCGUGGCUCUACGUUGGGAGCAAUUCAUGGCUCACGCUGUGUCCUUGA